CCAAGACAAAACUUUACUAUUGGUAGUACGAUACUUGUUCAAUAAAAGAUCGCAACCCAAGAACUCAAUCUUUGUCAAUGACUGCAUGCCAUGCAUUUCGAAAAAAAUGAUAUCACCUAAGCUGUACCGUAUUUGUAAAACAUCGGAACACAACGCAAGCCAGAUCCGACGCUCGACAACCGAGACAAAACUUUACUAUUGGUAGUACGAUACUUGUUCAAUAAAAGAUCGCAACCCAAGAACUCAAUGACUGCAUGCCAUGCAUUUCGAAAAAAUGAUAUCACCUGAGCUGUAUGUGUCAAAGAUCGGAACAUCGAAAAAUGAUAUCACGUGAGCUGUAUGCGUCAAAGAUCAGAACACAACGCGAGGCAGAUCCGACGCUCGACAACCUAGUUCUCGGAUCGCUUGCUCUGUCUUCCCAUUUGACUUCUCACAAAUACAAAUGGUACUCGAUACUCGAAGCACCCUAGAAUUUGGAUACAGAUUAAGUUCGGCGUUUACGGUAGGUUUGUUUUCUUUCCGUAUUGUUUGAGUCUAGAGCAACGCCGUUAGAACAGGAGCUGCGUACGGGAUUGCGAGCCAGCAACCAGCAGUUGCACACAGCGAAAUCAUUUGUAUCGAACUGUUUGUUGUUGCAGCUCUCCACCUCCCCCCAUCAAAGAACAACCCAUCCAUUGAUAACUGUUUGUCUUCGGGUGAUCACAACCCACAUGCUUCUCCUCCCAAAUCUAAUUCAUCUCGUUGCUUGUUGCUCUAUCCUGUUUCGAUCAUCGGUCGGAAAUGCAAUCUUCGAUCCUUCAUGGCCAACCACCGCCACCAAUAUCCACCACCACCGCCACCGCGACAAAAAUCGAACACCUGCAAACGCGCACACAAAACAAUACCAACACCAGCAUUGACACCAGGAUGAAGAACAGCUCCCGCACCAUCGAAAACAAUCCCGAGGCAAAGUACGUCGAGUAUUAUUUGUCGUUGGAAGAACCAGACGUGGAUCCCGAGCAGCCGAUGACGGGCGAUGCCUUUUCGGAUCCCGAACAGCCGAUGACGGGCGAUACCUUUUCGUUGCAAGAAGCGGAUGACAAUCCGAAGGGCAACGAGGAAACCGAAUCCAAAAGCGUGGGCAGCAAUGGAGCAGUGUCCCUGGCCCGCCACGGGGGUGGGGACGAAGAACAAGACAUUCCCACGGAUAUCAUCGUCGAUGAUCCUUUGUCACAGAAAGGCGAGGAAGAAACCCAUCCCAAGGAUACCAACGAAACCAAGGAGAGCGAGGCAAACGAUGUGGAAACCGACGACGAAUACAAAACUCACGAAGAGACGAAGUCAGAAAGUGCGUUUUCUGGAAACGACUUGACCGAGUGCAACGAUACCUAUCCAAAAGACUGUUACUCUUUCAUGUCACUUCAUGGUCCUGAUCGCAAUCCCAUCUUCUUUAGCUAUGGGAUGGUGGUCUUCGCGUUCCAGAUGUCAUUGCUAGUGCUCAUGGUGAUCAGUGCCCUCGAUACCAAAUGGAGCAACAAGUUGGAUUCAGAUAAUCCACACAAUAGCGCCAUUGGAAUGAUCAUUCCUGCAAAUGCGAGUCCUUAUGUCAAGGCAACACAAAUUAUUUCAAUUUUGUGCUACGUAUCAUUUGCAAAGUUCAGUGUGAUGGAUGUCGUUAAUGCAGUUCAGACUUUUCCGGUGGGAAAAGGCGCAACUAAAUUUAUGGUGUUCUCUUGUAUUGCUCGUGGGUUGCAAGGCUUCAUUGCAAUGCUAGCAACACUCCUACUUAUUCUAAUCUCAGACAGCGUGAUUGACAUUGUCCUAAAUUUUACAGCAGUUGUGAGUGCACUGAAAACAUGUUGAAAGCUUGAGACAAUAAUUCUCUGUCACUUUUGUCCUUACCGCUUUGAUUCCAUUCUUUCCGUCCUCUUCACAGAACUUCAUUAGUGAAUUGGACAAUGUUGCAUUUGACUUGGCCCGAAAGGGGAAAUAUGGACGAACACUUGAAGAUGAAGCAAAACGCAUUGAAACACUGGUUCUUCCGCCUUGUAUGUCUCGAUGCGACAAGAUGAAAAGAUUCCUCUUUGCAGUAGGAGUAUCCGGUGUUAUCCUUCUUUCAAUGGCAGGUGCCGUUAUACAUGCUCAAGACAGUAAGAAAACAUGGAUGACGCAAAUAUUUCGAGUCGAGUUCGGAGAUGAAAAGCUACAAGAUUACAGUGGAUGCUAUGAAUUGGAUGAAAAAGCGACCAUAUCAAACAAUGGAUACAACAGAAAUAUCUACCAGAAGGUGCAGAAGGAUAGUUUGGACAUUUUUCAUCAGUUUGGAUACUGCAUAGAGGAACGUCGUUGGAUCCUAUUCAUUGUCGAGAAAGACGUAGCGGGUGAUGUAACAUAUGAUCCUUGUGCUUUCGAAAGGAUUGCGUAUUCGACGAGGAUGCAAGCUUUUGACAUAUCCACCACUUUUUCGGAAGGAUGGUUUUCUGCAGUAGGCACUCCUCUUGAUCUAUAUUUUCUCCAAGAUGAAGACCAUAUGAAGGGCAUGCUGUGCGAGGCGUGGAACAACGGUAUUUGUAAUGACGAGUUGAAUCAUGAAAAAAAUGGAUAUCGGUUUGACGGUGGCGACUGUUGCUCUGCUACGUGUUCAAAUUCCAAUUGUGGAAUUGGUGCAGUCACACAACCAUUUGGUUUAUUGGGAAAUACUCCUGGACAUGGAUUUCCAAAUUGUCAGGACCCAGAUAUGGUUCCAAUCACCAUUCGCCUCAAUAACUUCACUCUUAGCAGGUGGGCAGGAAAAGAUGCAGAUCCUGUUGCUCCUACCUUGAAGUUUCAGUGUGAGAACAAAAGUGUUUUAAUUGUUGAUUUGAGUCCAGAGAUGAUCAAUAAGAAUGAAAUUGUUCACGUCAGUGAUGGAGCAACGUGUAACAUUGAACUUGAAGACAUUUUUUAUGUAAAUGUUAAUUUGACAAUUUUUCAAGGGCACGGUAACAAUAUGGAUACAAAAAUUGCUCGAAUGACCGGUUAUGACAAGAGCUCAUUCACUUUCUUUACAAUUCCAAACUGCACAGUUCAGAAGCUUUCUGAUUAUUACACAAUAUCCGACAUACACAAUAAUAAAGAUCAUUCGUUGGACACAGCCAAAUGGAUGAAUGACGACAAAUCUGGAAAUUCAUUCUGCCACGAUGAAUUUUUCGCUGAAAGAUUUGCAUUAAAAAUGCUCAAGCUUUUCGAAAAGAAUUCGACACAAUCACUGCAACAUUGUCUCUGGAAUGGAAUUGAGUGCUCAAAAGAAGGGGCCCUGGAAGUGAUGGAUUUAAGUGAGUUAACUGAGUGGGCAAUGUUUCAACAGCAUGCUGUCACUUCACUGAUGCAUUUUCAUUUUUAUUUCAAUGUCGCUCACCUGCAUUUGCGUCCAUUAUGCACCUAGGUAAAAUAAAAGGAAUUCGAAGGCUACCCGAUCAAAUAGGUUCUCUGAAGAACUUGAAAAUUUUGAUUAUACGUGAGUUAUUGGUGGGCGCGGUAUUUUUGGCAUGACGAUUGCCCAUUAAUAGUAGCCACUCAACUGCCUUUGCCUCCAUUUUGCAACUUAAGCUAACUCAGAUAUUACAAAGCUUCCCAGUCAGAUAGGUGAUCUUACCUCCCUCGAAUCUCUUGAUUUAUGUGAGUUAUUGGAGUGUUCCUUGUUUAUCUGCAUUGAGAAUUGUCAAUCAAUAGUCACAUAAUAUCUGCUGUUUUCUUCGCACUCAACUGCCUUUGUCUCCAUUUUGCAACUGUAGCUGGCACAACUAUUACAGAGCUUCCCACUGAGAUAGGUUAUCUUACCUCCCUCGAAUCUCUUGAUUUAUGUGAGUUAUUGUAGUGUUCCUUGUUUGAUCUGCAUUGAGAAUUUUCAAUCAAUAGUCUCAUAUUAUCUGCUGUUUUCUUCGCACUCAACUGCCUUUGUCUCCAUGUUGCAACUGUAGCUUACUCAGAUAUUACAAAGCUUCCCAGUCAGAUAGGUGAUCUUACCUCCCUUGAGUCUCUUGAUUUAUGUGAGUUAUUGUAGUGUUCCUUGUUUUAUCUGCAUUGAGAAUUGGCAAUCCAUAGUCUCAUAUUAUCUGCUGUUUUCCUCACACUCAACUACCUUUGCCUCAAUUUU